AUGUGGAUAAUGAGUUAUGUUGAUGAGUUGUCACUUGUACAGUUAGCGACGUCAACGUCAAUCAAAGAUAGUCGACUGCAGAGUCUUAGAAAAUUCUGUCCCGAUAUUCAAACUGAAUUCUGGAUGUGUAUGAAUAGAACGCUUGAAUCGAUUGAUAAAGGAUCGCAUUGGAUUGGACGAUCCUGUUGUUCUCAAGCGUUGCAACCACAAUGUCAACAAGGUUGUGCAAUCUCAGCAUCAACAUUAGAUUUGAGAAGAUUUUGCAGACAAAGUGAUGAAUUCACGCUGUUUUCAUGCAUCGAUCAAAUGGAACGAAAUACUGAAUGUUGUUCAAAUGCAAACACGCCAGACUGUCGACAGAUCUGCCAUCAAAUGUUGUUCGAAAGAAACGGAACAGUCAAAGAAAUGAACGAAAUUCUUCAUCAGAAUUGCAAAGAAAUUAAUGACGAUGUAAUUAAUUGUGUAAAUGACAAUGUUGACACGAGAACGUUGACUAAUUAUGAAGAUUUUCUUCAUUGUUGUCGUUACGGGCAAUCACAGCAAUGCAAAGAUGUUUGUCGAAAUAAUUUGAAUCUUCAAAACUUCACAGAAGGUGAAAUCAUUGACUCGUUUAUUCCAAGCUGUGGCGUCGUCAACUUAUCAUCAGAAUUCUGGACAUGUUUCUUAAAUGGAAAGAAUAAUGCAAAGAAUGUUCAAAAUAUCGAUGAAGUAUCGAGAAUAAAACAAAUCGGAAUCGAUUCUGCGAAACUCCAUUGUUGCGAGAAAGCACAAAGCACACAAUGUCGUCGUCAAUGCUACAACACAUUUUCAGGCGAUCAUCCAUCUUCAAUUGGAAGCUUCGAACUUCAUUGUCUUUAUAAUAACUACGAGAUGAACUUGAAAAGAUGCAUUGAUGAAGUUGAUUUUCCAGCUGAAAUUGGAUGUGACGGACUUUCAUUUUGCAGUCAUUUCAACAAUCGACCGACGGAACUUUUUCGCAAUUGCAAUUCACGAGCUGAUCACGCAGCUUUAAAUGAAUUUUCAAUGUGGAAAGAACAGAAUGUUCUUAGCCUUCCUGGCUUUGAAUUUCCAAUCAACAAUAUUUCGUAUUGUCGUCCAGAAGUGUGGCACACCAUUGCAUGCAUCCUACAAAUUAAACCGACAACUUCAUCGCAACAUUUAACGCAGAUAUGUUGGGAAGACUGUUUUGAUAUUCUUGCGAAAUGCAUGGAUUGGAAGCGCAUAACUGAUUCUGACAUGGAUCCAGCUUCUGUUUGUACAAGACUAUCACCAGAUUCAAAGGCACCUUGCAUUUCGAUCAAACCGUACUUGGAACCAAGCGACAGUCCACAUCUUGAGAAUGAUUUUAAAAUUAUUUCACCAUGUCGUGGACAACAAUGCAAUGCAACGUCAGAGAUUUGUGAAGUUAAUCGUAACAUUAACAAGCCAUCAUGCGUUCAAGGAUGUCCUUUAGGUGAAGCUUCGAAUUAUCUUGUUUCUGUCGGUCAAUACGUAAGAAUUCCAUCUUCAAUCAACAAAGGAUGUUACAAGAUCUGUAAAUGUACAGAAUUCGGACAGAUUGAAAACUGCCAACCAGUGCCUUGCGUGACACCGAAAUCAUGUCAAAUGGGCAACAGAACAAUCGAGCAUGGAAUGUCUGUUAGCAUUGAAUGCAAUGUUUGUACAUGCUUUGCUGAAGAAAUUACAUGUACAAAGAAGCAAUGUAGAAUUGCGGGGAUAUCUGAACGAACUUUUACGACACUUCCAUGUAAUUGUCCACCACAUUAUGUUCCAGUUUGUGGACGUAAUGGAAAAACUUAUCCAUCAGCAUGUCUAGCGAAAUGUGUCGGAUUUAAUGACGCUGAUUAUGAGUUUGGAUCAUGUGAACAUAGAAAUCCAUGCGACAAUCAUGACUGCCCUCAAGGAACGCUUUGUUUUCCCAAUCGUAAUGUGUGCCUGUCAAAUAUGAGUCGACCUUGUCCGCAGUAUCGUUGCGUUUCCGCUAAUGGAGAGAAUUGUUCUUUGGAGCCAAUCACUGAUACUGAAAUGUCAGUUCACUCAUCACUUUGUAGUUUAAUCAGAACAAAUAAAAAGCUUGCUUAUUAUGGAGUUUUUGACGAACAUGUCUGUAGAAGUAGUGGGACAGUUUGUGGUAUCAAUGGUGUCACUUAUAACAGCGAAUGUGAAGCAUUGAGUGAAUUUUCUAUGGUCGAUUAUUUUGGACCUUGCAGGGCUGUUGGCUUGAUUGAUUCAAAAACGAAAUGUUCAUCAGCCAAAUGUCCGAGAAGUCUUCCUGAACAUUGUUUAGGUGUCAUUCCUACUGGUGCAUGCUGUCCUAUUUGUGCUGGAGCUUUGAAGAUCGUCUAUUCAAGAAAGCAAAUCGAUCGUGGAAUUUAUGCUUUGAAGAAUGCUGAUUUGGAAGCGUUAACAUUGAAAUCUAUUUUAAAGUCACUUCAACAGCUUGUGAAAGUCUCGUCAUGCUAUCUCAGCGGUUACCUUACAAUCGAGACUGACAUCAUGGUUAUUAUUUAUACAAUCGACAACUAUCCUCAAAAAGAUCAGAUUAAUGUCUGUCAACAAGAAGCGAUUAAAAUUGCAAAUCUUAUUUCAACUAAAAGUCAUCAUUUUACAAGCAAUUUAGGAUUAUCCUCAUUUAUAUUAGCAAGUUACGUAAGACCAACGGUGUCUUUAUCAUCAGCAAUUUAUUCAUCAUUUUCUUUGCCACUUUUUUAUCUUUGCAUAACAUUUCUACAAAGACUUUGAUGAUGUUUUACUUGUGCCAUGAUUAAGUCAUCGUAUGAAAAGAAAGAAGAAUAUCGAAAUGUGAUAUUAAUUAAUAAUUUUGUAAUUCAUAUCUAAACUCAAUUUAAUGAAAAAACCUAAAACAGACCAAAAAUUUUGUAAAUCGUUUAUCUAGUUUGAUGGACUAAUAAAAUAUGAUUUUAAUG